CUGGGGGCUCUGAGGGGGACAGAGGUGAGUCUGGGCCGUGGUGUGAACUGGGGGCUCUGAGGCUGGGACAGAGGUGAGUCUGGGCCGUGGUGUGAACUGGGGGCUCUGAGCUGGGACAGAGGUGAGUCUGGGCCGUGGCUGUGAGCUGGGGGCUCUGAGGCUGGUACAGAGGUGAUUCCGGGCUGUGGCUGUGAAGUAGGGGCUCUGAGGCUGGUACAGAGGUGAGUCUGGGCCGUGGUAUGAGCUGGGGGCUCUGAGCUGGUACAGAGGUGAGUCUGGGCCGUGGCUGUGAACUGGGGGCUCUGAGGCUGGGACAGAGGUGAGUCUGGGCCAUGGUGUGAGCUGGCACCCCAGUUGCUGGUGGCUUUCCCCAGCUGACAUUGACCAGCAUUGGGUGUGCAGUGUGACUGGCUCUGAUUUGUGCUGCUUAGUUUGAGACUAUUUGAAUGGAGCCACUGCUGCAGAGAGACCUCCUUCUGAAGCAUCACAGUGGGCCCGGCUGACCCUGACCCAGCGCAGGACACCCCUCUUGGAGUCUGGGGCUCUUGGCUGUGGGCUGGAGAUGACAGUGGUGGCUGCCGAGGGUGGUGGGAGUGGGCAGCGCCGAGCGCGUGAUUUCAGACCCAGUGAGCCAGGUGGUCACAGCCUGAUUUCAGACCUAGUGAGGCAGGUGGGCACAGCCUUUAGCUGGUGUGUUGUGUCCCCUGGCCUGGAACAGCCCUAUGGGUGGGUGGCACCUAUCAGGACCUGUGCACAGACUCUGCCUGGAUUUGGUCUGCCCAGUCUCCUGGACCUGACAGCAACAGGGCUGUGCCUGGUGACGGGAAGGCUCCGAGCCAGGCCGGGUGGCCCACUGUGCGCGUAGCUGCUGUGUUGGUGGCGCCUUUGCCCUGGCCCUCGUUUGGGAAGAUGCUGGCUUUUGGGCUCUAGGGAAGUGUCUAUUGGUUUCUGUUGAGAGCAGUUGUAUAUGCACAUUUUAAGUGUGGAACGCAGGUAUUGAACCGUGUUGAAACCUUUCCAGCAUUGGCAGAAGUGUGCGUGUGAGUCUCCUUUGCCCUCUACUUUACUGGCAGGUGGCAUGGCCCGAGUGGCCGGCGGUCCUUCCAAUGGGGCGGCCCACGUGCCUCCCACGUGCCAGGCUUUUAGGGCAGAUGCUUGUGAACGCUGCUGCCUAUGGGUUGCCUUCAUUGGUGGAGGUGAGGCCUCAGCUUUGGCGUCCUGUCCACCCUUAAUCCUUGCCUAGGAGCAGUCUGUGGGCCCCAGAAGACUGGCCAGAAGCUGGAGCUGGGCGGCAGCUGAGGACGAGCACCUUGGAGGCACAAAUCCUGAAGAGCCUGUGGCACGGACUGCUCAUCUGUAAGGAAAGUGGAGACAUGACUUUGAGAUUUAGCUCAGAACUAGCAAUGCCGGGGCCUUCGAGAGUCUGAUGUUCCAGCACUCUAGUGCCGGUUGGUGUGGACGGAGGACACGGGGCCCCAACCAUGGUCACACUCAUCACUGAGAAGCUACAGAGCCAAAGCCUGGACGACCUCACCUGCAAGACCGAGGCUGGUCCGUAUUCUGCCGAAACCCUGAACAGCAGCGGUCGUCUGUUCCCUUUGGAGCUCAAUGACCAGAGUCCCUGGAAGGUCUUAAGUGGAGGACGGCCCGUUGGAAGCCAGGCAGCCACGAGACCUGAUUUCUGCUUCCUGCCAGGCCUGUCUGCUGCUGCUCACACCAUGGGUCUUCAGUGGCGGCCAGAGUCCCCGGGCCCAGGUGUGGGCCUGGGCGCAGCCAGCACUGUGGACCCCAGUGAAAGUACAGGCUCGUCCACGGCCCCACCGACCAAGCGACAUUGCCGGUCCCUGUCAGAACCUGAGGAGCUGGUGCGCUGCCGGUCCCCCUGGCGCCCUGGCAGCUCCACGGUCUGGACUCCAGUCUCCAAGAGGCGGUGCAACAGCGGUGGGAGCGCAACAUUGCAGGGAAGCCCCGGCGCCGUCCUGCCGAGGAGUGCCGCGUGGUUGACCGGUCCCACCUCACCCGCCACGCCCCGGCCGUCCUCGGCCAGCAGCGGCUUCGUGGACAGCAGCGAGGGCAGUGCAGGCUCAGGCCUGCCCUGGUGUUCCGCAGAGCCCUACUUGCUCUCCGUGAGGCGACGCCUGUCCCUCUCACAGGAGCAACUCGCAGGUGUGGGCACUCCCCUGCCCUCGGCCAGCAGCAGCCCCACGUCCACGCCUGAGCUGGGCCGGCACCGUGGGCUGCUCCGGUGCCGCUCACAGCCCUGCGUGCUCAGUGGGAAGAGGAGCCGGCGCAAACGGAGGCGUGAGGAGAACGCCAGGUGGACACGCCCAUCCUUGGACUUCCUAAAAAUGACCCGGACUUUAAAAAAUUCAAAAAGCCUUUGCUCCCUCAAUUACGAAGAUGACGAUGAGGAUGACGCCCCAGUGAAGAUGGUUGUGUCCUCCCCGUGUGAAUCCCGGGGCCUCCCUGGCAUCACCAUGCCUGGCUGCAGCCAGAGGGGCCUCAGGACCAGCCCUGCCCACCCCAACCUGUGGGCCUCAAGGGAGUCGGUGACCGGUGAUGGCUCAAGCAGGAGCAACGGGGACCCCAGUGAUGGGGACAGCGCCGGGGAGGAGGGUAUCUUCCUCCGGGCCCGCGGGGAGCUGGACCUGGAGCAGAUCGAGAACAACUGAGGCUGGCGGGGGCUGGUUUGGGCCACUGCUGCCGCCUGCACCUGCCCUGGGCACAGAGUAGGUUUCAUGUGACUUGGAACAUUGAGGCAUAAUUUUGAUUCAGUUUUUCCUAAAGAAGUAUUUUGCAUUUUUAUGGCUUUUGCAGUUCGGGAGAAAGCUUCUCUAUUUUGGAUGCAUUUCAGAAGGGCAUUUUAUUAAACAUGAAUCUGCAAACAGAUUAA